AAAGCACAACCACCUUUCACACCUUCAAAAUGCAAUUCCUCACCACCAUUCUCGCCAUCGUCACCAUGGCCGGCCUUACCGUCGCCGCCCCUGCCCCUGAAGCCUCCCCCGAGGCCGCUCCCCAGACCCCCGUUGACCUCGAAAAGCGCCAAUCCCUCGGCGUCUUCGUCACCCAGGACAUCAACUGGGGCGGCCGCUCCGAGCACCUCAUCGUCGUCCGAGGGCAGUGCCUCACCCUCGGCAACGGCUGGCCCAACGUCAUCUCUUCCUUUGGGCCUGACAGCGGGUUGACUUGCACCAUUUGGGACAACAACGGCUGCACCGGCCCGUCGUUCGGCCCGAUCACCUUCCCUGGCAUCGCAAACUUGGUGACUGUUGGCUGGAAUGAUAGAAUUAACUCUUUCCGGUGCAACUAA